AGAAGCCACAAAAAACCACGCUUUAACACACCCAUUUUCACCACAGAUAUAAAAGUUCCCAAUAACAAAAAGAAAAAGAAAAACGCAGCUAGAAUGCUCAUUUUCAACAACAUUUCCAUUCCUUUACGUACACCCUUAGUCCUCAAAGCCACUCCACGAAGAAACGCCGUCGUUCUAGCUCAAAAGCAGCAGCAGCAGCAGCAGACACUAACGGCUUUAACUAACUUGACAAUCUCCGACGAGGCGUUAGCCUCACGUGGGUUCGCUCUUCACCGGACGAUCAACAAGCUCAAUCUCGACCACCUCAACUCGGUGUUCGUAGCCGUCGGAUUUCCGAGGCGGGACACGGAUAAGAUACGAGUGGCGUUGGAGAAUUCGGAUGCGCUGCUGUGGAUAGAGUACGAGAAAGCCGAGAGGCCCGUGGCGUUUGCUAGAGCGACGGGGGAUGGCGUUUUCAACGCUAUAAUUUGGGAUGUUGUUGUGGACCCCAGUUUCCAGGGGAUUGGUUUGGGGAAGGCUGUGAUGGAGCGGUUGGUGAAUGUGCUGUUGGAGAAAGGGAUUACCAAUAUUGCUUUGUAUUCGGAGCCCCGGGUUCUGGGGUUUUAUAGGCCUCUGGGUUUUGUAGCGGAUCCGGAUGGGAUCCGUGGGAUGGUGUACUCCAGGAAGCAAAAGAAGAAAAGGUAGGCUAGAUAGGAGUUUGCCGCUGAUUUUUCAUGAGAGUUUUUUCUCUUUUGACUAGAAAUUGUUUUUUUUUUUUUUUUUUUUUUGAAGGCACAAGCAAAGUGCUGCCCUAGUCCCUACAACGCAUUUUUUCUUUAACUUCUAAUGGAAACUGCUACUCUACAAAUACUACAAUGCAUUUGUUUAUUGAUGAUAC